AUGGGGAAGGAGAUAAACAGCUUACAAAGGGAGAUUAAUGAUCUGCUUGAUUGUGAGGAGACUUUAUGGCAUCAGAGGUUAAGAGUUCUUUGCCGAAUUUUGGAAGUCACAGAUACGAUCCCCACCAAAGUAACUGAUGAGAUGAACCAGAGACUAAUCUCAACAUUCACAAGGGAUGAGGUGGAGGCCGCUCUGAAACAAAUGCACCCCACAAAAGCUCCAGGACCUAAUGAUGGUUUCUCAUCAUUAAUUAAGGAUGCAGCUAGGAAUCAAUCGUUAAGUGGAAUCUCCAUUUGCAAAGGAUGCCCUAUGAAAGUAAAUGCUGAGAAGUCAUCUGUUUUCUUCAGUCAUAACAUUCCCCAUGAAAAAAGGUGUGCGGUGUUGAACAUCCUUGGCCCAAUGCAAGACACUAAGCAUGGUAAAUAUUUGGGGCUUUCGUCCAUUAUUGGAAGAUCUAAAACUGAGGUGUUUGCGGAAGUGAAGGAAAAAGUUAGGAGGAAAUUAGUGGGGUGGAAGGGAAAAUUAUUGUCCAUUGGAGGAAAGGAGAUCCUAAUAAAGGCCGUGGCGCAAGCAGUUCCCACCUAUACUAUGAGUUACUUCUUGAUCCUAAAAGGGUUGUGUAAGGAGAUUGAAGGAAUGAUAAGGAAAUUUUGGUGGGGGCAAAGACAAGAAGAGUCAAAGAUUGCUUGGCAAGAAUGGAGACUCUUGUCAAAUCCGGAUUCCCUUUGCGCCAAAGUCUUUAAAGCUAGAUACUACCCAAAUGGAGACGUUUUAUAUUCAAACUUGGGAUACAGUCCUUCAUAUACUUGGAGGAGUAUUUUCAAGGGCCUAGAAGUGAUUCGGAAGGGUACCCGUUGGAGAGUAGGCAAUGGAAGGCUCAUUCAUAUUUGGGAGGACAAGUGGCUACCCACCCCAACAACUUAUAAGGUAAUAUCUCCUCCUCGGCCUUUUGAUGAUUUCCCUAUGGUUUCAACCUUAAUUGAUGAGGAUACUAGAAGAUGGAAGGUUGACACCCUAAAGUCUUUAUUCCUCCCUAUUGAGGCUGAAACAUUUCUCAAUAUUCCGCUAAGCUAUAGUCUUCUAGAGGAUAAAAUAAUUUGGGUAGGGCACAAAAGGGGGGAAUUUUCAGUGAAAAGUGCGUAUUACGUGGCCCUUACUGUGAUAAACUCAUCAGAAUAUGGUGAGAGUUCUCAUGGUGAUCCUAGAACUCCUCUUUGGAAGCAAAUUUGGCAGUUAAAGAUCCCCCCAAAAAUAAGAAUUUUCUCUUGGAAGGCUUGUGUUAAUGCCUUGCCAACCCUGUUAAAUUUAAGGAAAAGAGGGGUGAAUAUGGAUGAUGUGGGAACUCCUAGAGACAUGGAGUUGUUGGUAGUGGUUGCUUGGGCAAUUUGGCAUAAUAGAAACUUGAGAGUGUUUGAGGCGAUCAAUCAGGGGGCUGAGCAAGUCUGGAAUCAUGCAGUUAGUAUGCUCUCUGAUUAUAAAGAAGCUGUGAAGUUUUGUAUGUUGGGUCCUUCGAACUGUGAGGUUAGUUGGAAAAAGCCUCAAGUUAAGGUUUUCAAGAUAAAUACUGAUGGGGCAAUUGCAAAUGAAGGAAGGCGGUCAAGUAUAGGGGUGGUAAUAAGGGACUCUAGAGGAGAGGCUGUUGCUGCUCUUUGUAGAGUUCUCCCUGGUUGCUUCUUGAUGGAUGAGAUUGAAGCACUUACUGUCAAGGCGGGGAUCUUGCUUGCAAGGGAAUUGGACUUGCAUCAAGUUAUUGUUGAAUCGGAUUCACUCUCAAUUGUUCAACGAAUAUUGGCGAAGGAUUUCAGUGGAGGUCUAGGCCAUAUUGUCCAUGGUAUUCUGGGUUGGCCCAUUUCGCUAAAUGUAAUGAUAUAA